UUGGUAGUAUAGCAGCUGUAAACAAGAAAAUCCACAAUCAUGUCUAGGUUUCAUUAUCAAGCUCUGCCAAGAAUGGUACAGCACCAAGGGCAUCUUGAUAAGAUAAAGUUUUAGUAAAGAUCCAAGGGAAUAUAUCGUUCAUCUGAUUAUCGUGUAAUUACAGAAGACUCCCUGAAACGUUGUGUUGCUGCUGGUUGGUUUAGAUAAUGCAGGAAAGACAACAGCAGCAAAGAAUCUUAUAGGUGAGUCACUUGAAACAGUUAUGUCAACUGUUGGAUUUUCCAGAGUUUCUCUAACUCAUCAGGGCUGUUCUGUUGUAAUAUAUGAUUUGGGAGGAGGUCCAAAAAUUAGAGGAAUCUGGCAUCGAUAUUUUGCAGAUGCCCAUGGUAUAAUUUUUGUAGUGGAUGCAAGUGAUGUGUCUAGGUUGGAGGAAAGUCAUCAGGUAUUUGCAAACCUUUUGUCACAUGAAAAAUUGGAAGGAAAACCAGUGUUGCUUUUAGCUAAUAAACAGGAUUGUGAGGGAGCCUUAGAUGAAGUGGACAUUGUGGACUUGCUGAAUGUGGAGGCUGUGGUCAAUCAGCAUCGUUGUCCCACUAUAGUGGAGAUGUGUUCAGCUACAACAGUAAGAAAAUCUCAUAACAAAUUGGAUCCAGCCAUUCGUAAUGGGUUUAGGUGGUUGAUGAACUACAUCAUUAGAGAAUAUAGUGAUCUGAACAGCCGAGUAGAAAGUGAUAUGGCUGUGCAAAGGAAACAAAUAGAACAAGAGAAAAAGGAACGUCUUGAGAGAAUACGUAAAGCAAGAGAGGAGAGAGGUGAAUCCAUGGCAGAUGUAGUUAUAGCAAAUGGAACUUGCAAUGGAGGAAUACAUGAUGAUAGUGAUAAUGAUGUUGUUAUGGCAAACCCUUUCAAGCCAAUUACUGAUAUACUGGAAGACACCAAGGGACCUAAAACUCCAUUAACAGAACCAGUACUGGGUAGCCGAGUAAUUUUGGUGAAAGAGUCUCCAGAGAAGAUACAGCCUAAUGAUGAAGAAAAACAAAAUUCGCUAGAUUAUGGAGAUGGUAAUAAACUGACUAGUAAUGUGAAAAGAUUUUUGGAUAUUGAUGGUGAUGAAGUGGCAUUAGUUGCAAGUGCAGAUAACAGAUGUUAUACUGGUGACAACCAGUCUGGAAGUGCUGCUGCUAUUGGACAGGUUCCAAGUCCAUCUCAUAGUAUCACAGGGCUUAUCAAAGUUUCAGAUCAACUGGAAUCAAAGGAAGUCCAGCGUAAGAAGAAUUGGUUCUUUCACAGAAGUAAUCGCACAGCUCCUGCUCCACUGGGUCCAGCUGGCUCACAGUUUCACAAUUCAUUAGAUGAGACUGACUUAAGUGGAACAAGGAACAAAAAACAGGAAGGAGGAGGACCAUUAUUUCUCAGAAAAGAAGCUUUUGUGGAAGAGAGUAAUGUGUCUGAGGAAUCUCCAGUUAGAAUAAAAAAGAAUCUAUCUGUUACUGGUAAAUCAAAUUUAUUUUGUAUUCAAUCUCGUAGUGCUAGUUCAGAGCAUCUGGAAAGUUCUGAUUCGCCUUUGGAGAAAUGCAAGUCAUCUCAUGAGACAAAUGGGAAAAGGACACAUAUUGGUGAACUGAAGCUGACAGGUGCAAAAGUGCAACCCUUGAAUAGCAAAGGAAGUUUGUCCAGUACUUUUGAUGAACGAAGUGCCCCACCAAAAAUUGAAUCAGAUAAUGUUAUAAAUAUAAAUCAGAUAUCCAAUAACUCCUUUGCUUCACAAGGUAAUGAAGGUUCACAGGAUCUGUGUGAUGAAAUUUCAGCAAUACCCAUAAGGGAAUGGUCCACUGACAAGAGAAGUAUGUCAGUAGAAGAUAGUUAUACAACUUGUCACCAGUUACAUGCUGCAAGAAAAAGUGUACCAAGACAGCUGUCAUAUGGUGAAAGUGAGAGCAGAGGUACUAGCAGACCAAAUUCAGCACAACGGGGUGAAAAGAGACUUGGGAAACAGUCAUUGGUAGAUGAGACAAGUUCAACUGGCACAAGGAGUCAGAUGGGUUCACAGCACUUAAGUGAUUCAGGAUUUGUUAGUCCCAAGAAUGUGUUACCCCCAAUACGACUUGCCAGCUCUGUUGACAAGCCAUCUUGGAUUUUGCCUCCAUUGUCAACACGAACAAAGCGUUCUAGUCAAGAUUCUUUACUGGGAUUGGAUAAACCUGAAGCUGGAGCAGCAUCUGCUAACUGAGUCAGCCAUGACUGAAACUUUGAAGCUAAACAAGGAGCAGAAAAUAGUAAAAGUGCAGGAAUGUAUUUUUU